AGGUCAACAGCCGUAUACUACCAGGUAUUCAUUUCCUAAUACAACGGCGCACCAUAGUGAGGACCUUCACAGAGGUACUAGUAUUUAAAAUGAGUUCUCUUUUGAACAAAGUCGUCAUCAUAACAGGUGCUAGUUCGGGUAUUGGAGCUGCAACUGCUCUUGAAUUUGCGAAAACUGGUGCCAAGUUAGUUUUAGCCGCAAGAAACGUAGAGAGACUUAAUGAUAUAGCCAGUCAAUGCGUAGCAAAGGGACUACAACAGGAUAAGAUAUUUGUGAAAGGUUGUGAUAUCACAAACGAAGAAAACUUGAAAAGUUUAAUCGAUUCAUCAGUGAAAAAAUACGGUCAAAUCGACGUAUUGGUAAAUAAUGCUGGUAGUGGUAAAUACGUGCCUUUUCUGGAGACGUCCGCGGAAGUGUUCGAUGAAAUCUUCAACAUCAAUGUCCGAGCACCAUUCAUACUGACCCAGAUGUGUGUACCACAUCUAAAGAAGACACAAGGGUGCGUUGUUAAUGUUUCCAGUAUAUCGGGACAAAGAUCAUUUCCAAUGGCAAUGUCAUACUGUAUGAGCAAAGCAGCCCUUGACCACUUCACGAGGACUCUAGCUAUCGAUUUGGCAAAAGAAAAGGUUCGGGUCAAUUCCGUCAAUCCUGGAGUUGUUAUUACGGAAUUUCAGAGGCGAGCAGGAAUGACAGAGGAAGCCUACAGUAAGUAUUUAGAAAAGCAGAAGGAAUUACAGCCACUGACAGCAGCCAUUGAACCGGAAGAGGUUGCCAAGGUGAUCUUGUUUCUAGCCUCUGACCAAUCAUCAUCAGUCACGGGAGAACUUAUCUUUGUGGAUGGAGGGCGCCAUGCCAAGGCACCUGUGUAAAGAGACUGUGUCAUUAGCUACCAAUAGACGAUAAUAUAAGAUAUCAGAAUUUCAACUACUUUUGUUUUGCAACCAGAAUCUUUGUUCAGUUCAGUAUGUUUUGUAACCGGAAUCUUAUCUUAAAAUAGUUCCGUAAUAUCUUUCCGCAAUUUGCAGUGAAUGGUAGCUUAAAUGUUUAUUGAUUACAUUUGAGUGAUAUAAUAAAAUCAAAAUAGUGUUAUUUCUAUGUAUGUACACUUUAUUGCAUUAUUGUUUUAGGCAGUUGCUUACAAUUAAGCUUAUUUUAACUUCGAAUAAAGUUGACUUUGUCACAAACAACUAUUAAUAAAGAACUGCAUCAUUUA